CUUGAGCUGCAGCGGCUAUGGAGGGCUUGCUCACACCUGUGAGAACCUCAUACAAGACCCCAGGUCAGACGCUGGAGGAAGAGCUAGUCGAAGUUGGAAAGCGGCCUGAGGCUAUUCCAAAACCCACCUCGCAGGCUGAAACACCAGAAGAAGCUCUUGAGAUAUUGCGGAACAAGCCGGAUUAUGAGGCGCUCAUUUCCACUUUACGUUAUUUCAAAAAAGAUGACUCUGACUUCAAUAUCUCCUCUCCAAGCCCUCUGUCAGCUCAGAUAGUACAUGUUCUUGUAGCAGAAAUCAUCCCGAAUUACUGGGAUAUUCUCCAAGAAUCACACAGUGCCGCGAAGGCACGAAAGCAAGGGCUUUCGAAGAGAAAUUCGGAUUUGGAACUACUUUUAUCUUGCCUACGAAGUGUGACGGGUCUGAAUGCUAUUCUGUUAAAUUUGAAGCAAGCUAUCCAGCAGUCUCGGGAGCCAAAGAAGACCAUAGGAGGAGGCUUCAAUAUCCAGGAUGUCUUAACAAGACUUUUGCAAUUGAUAUCUACAUUGCUCGAAGGGGCUGAUACAAUUGAGAGGAUUUCGAAGAGCAUCUGGGGUCUAUUAGAUGCUCCAUCGAAACAAAAAACUAUUUGGAACGAAUUUCUCAGCGUAACAGCAGGCGGAAAGAUCUUGGGAGUUUCAGCCGAAGCGGAGGAUAUUAUCAACGAACUUAGCAAGGAUGUUCAACAGAAAUACUGGGUUUCAGAUGGCACUCUGUACAGCAGAUGGUUCGCCCAAAAUAUCACCCAUUUAGCCAGAACUAUACCGUUAGAAUCCGAACAGGAGUGGAAACGCUGUGUCGAGUUGCUCAGCAAGUCUCUGCGUCUGGGGUAUACUGAGAAUAUUAUCAAGGAAAUUAUCGGCAUCCUCAUCCUGAAGCCCCAAGAUCAUUCGGCAAGGUUCGAAAAGCUCCUUGGCGGCCUGUCACAUUCUGAGCAGCGCAAUUUUAUUCAGGGGAUUCUCAAACUCAUCUCAAGAGAAUAUUUAUCGGUAUUAGUUAUUUCGGAAGAUAAUUCCAAUUGGUACAAGCAGGAUGCGGACAUUGUUUCUGCUGCUGCCAGGUUGAUCAACUUGGUAUUGGCAAAUGAAGAGUCACGCAAGGCUCAAGUCAUAUCAUGGUUGACUGCUUCCUCUGGCGCUGGUGUCGGUGACGGUAUUGCAAUUCGACGCGCAUCUAUCGUAGCCCUUGCUGCAGAUAAAAGCGACAUCGAGGCUGUUUUUGAUAAAAGUCUACAGCAAUUUGGGGAUCAGCUAUAUAUUAGACAUACUCCUGCUAUGCAACAAGAAGCCCAUGCCCAGGUUCUACUCCUAUCUGCUGGAUACGUUCACCGAAAGGCGCCCCUGCACCUUGCUAUGACGAUGAGGUCGGGGACUUAUCUGAGCGCGAUAUCUAACAGGUUGGCUGCACCAUCGCCUCGUGCUCGCUUUCUGGGAAUGGUGGUGGGCGAGGCUUUGUCUGACCUGGUUGAUAAAGGAGACAAAAAGAUGGUCUUCAAAGUGGACGAAAUGGAUUCUUCAGAAGCUAAAUGGUACAAGAGCUUAGUGACUGUCUCGGAUACUCUUGGAUCUCUUGAACCUCUCAUGUCCCGGACAGUGGCCAAGGUUGCUAAGAAACCGCCCGCUCGCGCUUCCCAGAAAUCAGAAAAACCUCAGGUCGUCCAAGAGGGUUCAAAAAUCAUUGCCAUCGAAGAGGUAGACGAUGAUGAUGAUGGUGAGGACCAAGGCCAUGAAUCAGACAAUGAUGGUCUGGUUCCUUAUGCGAAGCCGGAUUCGGACGAAGAGGAUUCGGACGAAGACCCUACCUUAAUCACGCGCAAUAAACCAACAGCUCCAGUUUAUAUACGAGACUUAAUUAAUUAUCUCAGGGAUACUGAGAACUAUGAUAAGCAAAAGCUGGCUCUACAAUCAGCAGCAUCACUCAUUCGACGGAAAGCCAACUUCGGUACAGAGGUCAGCUCACAUGCGGAAGAACUUGCGACACUCCUGGUGGGCUUGCAAGAUAAAUACGACAUGGAAGACUUUCAAGAUAUGCGAUUACAAGGGAUGAUCGCUAUUCUCAUUGCCCAACCUCUAACAAUGGGUAAAUGGUUCUCCAAGACCUUUUUCGAUGGGGACUAUUCCAUCUCACAGCGUGCCACUGUCCUCACCACUCUUGGAUUAGGCGCUCGAGAAUUAGGUGGUUUUGGCAGCGGGGAUGCAAAAGCUACUUCGAAAGGCUCCCUUCCGUCGUCCUCAUUUCCAUCCAAGGCUCUUCCCGAACACUUGCAUAGAAUCUAUGGAGACGCAACUUCAGAGGACACAGCGGUGGACCGACUAUCAACCGAACUUUCCAAUACCAUGAUAGCCCCCAUGGCUGCAGACCUGGCUGAUAAACUCACCGGCCCUUCGAUCCUCAAAGUCAGAACAUUUUCCUCUCGCAUGGCCGUCGAGAAGAAACGGAAAAAGCCAAUUGCGAAUUCGCUGGCCAAGAUUGUGGCUGAUGGCUUUUUCUUUCCACUUACAGGUCGAUUCUUCAUACACCUUAGGGCCUACGGCUCCGGCCGGUCGAAUGUCGUCUUCCAACCAUACCUCCUUGCUCUCUUCGUCAAGACACUGUCCCUGCUCCUUCACGCCAGUGGACCUUCCACUCUCAGCCUGCCCCAAAUGACAUCUGAAUUCUGGGACUUGCUACUCAGUCUCAGAACACAAAGUAUUGGGGAUAUUACCGUCAUCGAAGCCAUGCUUUUCGCAUUCCUAACCAUUUUCGACAUCAAUGAGGAUAAGAGGAGACUAGUUGAAGAGCAUGGCAGACAGAUGUUAGAGACGCAAGAGUGGGUAGAAGGUAUUUUUGGACGAGUGGGAGCUGGAGGGAGCCAGGAAGAUGAGAAGGUCAGGAUGCUAGCCGCUGGCUGCCUGGUCAGGAUAAGGGAAGUGGUGGAAAAGUACCAGGCUUUGCUGAUGGGAGAUCUAGCUAGUUUCCAAAAUUAAAUUUCUUGCGCUCUGGAACUGCUUCCUUUCGACGUGGUGCACCUUAUUUAUAAUGUCUAGGAAGGUGUCGGAUCUAGACAGUGGAAAGAUUUUCUCGGU